GGCCACAUCUACUGUGUAUGCUAUUGACAGCGUAGCAACUUUAAACACACAAGUCAGAUAACAGACAGAUAAAGGAGAAAUUAGUCUACUUGGGGGAAAAAAAAGAAAAGGAAAAGAAAGACAAUAAGAUCCAAAGUGUUCGUGCGCGUUUAGACGUCUCCAUCAUUUUUUUUGUAUAGUCUCUGUAAUCUGUGGAGGUCCUUUCAGCUGUUGUGCUGUGAUCCAGAGACAGUCAUGAUCCUCCUGACUCCCUCAUCUGGUAGGUACAGUGCUUGUUUCUCAAUCUUGUCUCAUAAUCUGGAUUACUGUAUACCAACAUGGACAUGGGUGUUAAAGGUUUUAAUGGGAGGUGUUAAUAGGAUUAAAGUAGCCUAGAUCUGCUUUAAUCAAAUUAGGCAAGAAAACAGCCACUAAUACCCUGAGGAAGUUUUAAAGAUGCUUAGACUGGAUAGAACGGGAUGGAAUAAUUCAUUUAAUAGAAUUAACCACUGAAUAUACUGUUGUUGAUAUCGGUAAACAGUAUCAGAUGUGCCGCAAGUAGCACAUAUUGCAGGUUUUAUAUGCAAUUAUUAUAAUUAAGAUCUGACCUGGAAGAAAUAGUUCAUUGUUACUUUAUGGACAUAAUAAUGUAUACUAUAUACGUUUUACAGUUUGAAGUUACAGUUACUGUUGGAUACGAUAUUCGCUCAAGGUAGUGUAUACCGUGAAACUGCGCUACAAAUUCACAAACCACACCCAAUAGACUGUAUAGGAUUACAUCUCCUAUGACUGGUGUACAUCAUGUAUAAUUAAAUGCAAUUUUAUCGUCGUUUAUAGUUAUAUUUUAUGUAGUUAACUCCAUAACUUCUCCAGUAAAUUCACUUCAGAUUAUUCUUGUUGUGAAUUGUUUUCCUUGCUUUUCGUUCAGGCUUUUAAUCGUUACCAGGUAACAUAGCAGGGUAUUAUAUAACAAGGGCCUUCCCAUCAUGCUUUGCACUCAUUAGGCAGCAGUCCAGAAAUAGAGACCUGCUUGAAAUUGACAGUGUGUAUGGCUCUGGUUUAUCCCCUUUUUAUUAGUCUCCGGGUCAGUGCAUUGUCUCGAGGUUAGAGUAAAAGUUGAAUGUAAGAUCUGCAACCCAGCAGACUUUUAUGCACAUGGAGCUGCAUGUGUGGCUCUUAUAAAAAGUCAAUGAUUGUCCAGUUAGUGAAUUUGGAAAUUACAUGAUAUUCAAAUUAAAUGCAGAAUGUCACCUGCAGUAACUCAUGUGCUGUGUUUUCUGACUCAAAACCUUCCCGUGAAAAAUUUUCAGGUAAUUCAAAUGCAAGGUUGUAAUUUGUGUUAAAGCACAAAAAUGAGAAGUGAAAAGCAUGCUGUCAAGUAAAAGUGUACGUUUUUGUUGGCUUUCUGCUGUGUCUCAUGCGCUGUUUUCUUUCAGAUGAAGAGUCUCUUGAACUCGUCUGGCUUUGGAAUCACAGGAAGUUCAGGGUUUCUUCCAGUGUACCAACAAGCUCUUUCUGAGUGAUCAGGCCACAGGACUCCAGAUCAAGGAGUUUGCACGUAAAAAUGCAGCUAACGCUCUGUCAGUUGCCAACAUGGUAAUGGGCAUGGCCUCCAUUCUCAGCAGUCUCAAUGGGCACCAUCAUGCUGCAUGUUGGCUGGUUCUGAUUGGCUACCUGCUGGAUUUGGCAGAUGGAGCAGUUGCCAGGCGACUUGAUGCCUGCUCUGCACUGGGUGCAAAGCUAGAUGAUUUUGCUGACUUCACAACCUUUGGGAUUGCCACAUCGUUGCUCCUGAGGACACCUGACCUGCUGGAUAACAUCCUAUGCAUGUGUUACGUCAUGUCUGUGUUCGUCCGCCUCUGUUUCUUCUCAAGCGGCAUCCCAUUCAUGUAUCGUGGUCUGCCCUGCAUCUACUCUUCAGCCAUCCUGGCCAGUGCCUCUCUGCUGUCGGGGGGAAACAUGGCCGUGCUGCGGGUCAUCGCGGUGGCCAUGAUCCUCUUCAUGAUCAGUCAGAACUUUUACCCCCACGACAGAGUGCUAGAGUCGCAGGCCUGGAAGAAAGCAGUCUACGCUGGAGGAGUCAUCAUGGUCUUCUGCUCUUCCUUCCCCCCUGCAUGUGUAUACUACUUACUGUGGUCUGUCUCCUACAUUUUGUUCCCAACAUCCCUUUGGAGCAGCAAAGUAUAAAAGGGUUGCUUUGUCCAAAAGCCCCAAAUAAUUUUACCUCUGGCCCGUCUGGGUGAACUGAGGUUUCCAGACUGCUGCUGCUCCUUACUGCCAUGGAGUAUCCAAGCUAAACAUGCUCAUGCGCCACAGGCGAACACUCGCUCUAUUUAAUCUUUAUUUUAAUGUGACACCUCUAAGACAGAACCCGGAUUGACGAGAGUGGGAUGAGAAGGACAUUUUAAUGAUACUGGUAAGGAUUAACUGUCAUGCUGUCUUAUUUGGUGCACAUUCACUGAAGCCAGGGUUCGGGUGACUUGUUCUAAAAACUGAAUUGUCAUCAGGUUCAUCUCUUGUGUAAUCUCCCUACUACAGUAUUAAUCCAAUCUUUCAUCAAUGUUGUGAAUGUGCAGCAGCAGGGCACAUCAUCUUCUCUAUUUCAAAUGAAACAAUUGCAUACAUUUUGAUAUGCUCUUACCUCCAAUUAGGUUUUUAAAUGUUUAAUUUUGUAAUUACAUAGAACAUUAAAACGCUUAUUUCCCAGUGUUGAGCAUAGCUUAAUGAAUAACUGUUUGAGUGCUCUGUAAGUAAGGCCUUUAAUUGAUCUACAGUAUGAUUUCUCAGCAGCAUUUUCAAGAUUCAAAAUUCCAUGUCCUUUCUGUUUUUUUUCUAUAACAGUGAUGGGCAUUCAUACAGCAUUAUGACUGUGUUAACUGACAUCUGUUGAAGUUUUUAUCAGGGUUGGGGUCACUUCAUCUCCAUGGUAUUCAGGUCAGGGGUGUGGGUUUCCUCAAAGUCCACCUUUUUUCCAUUAAUAAGUAAGUACGUUUUAAAUGGGUUGAACUGAAAGUGCACUGACCCCAAUCCUGGCCUCUUUGAACUAGGGACAUUUAGCUUUUUAACAGGUUGUCACUUUGUCCAAGAAACUAUGUAUUAGAGUUCCAUAUUUCUUCUAUGUGUGAUUUUAUUGGGUCAUUGUAUGUGUUUGCCUCUGUUUUAAGAGGCAUUGCAGUUUAAAUACUAAAUCCACACUGGAUCACCGUUACAUCUUCUGACGACAACUGAAUCAGUGAUGUUACUGCAGUUGUCUCUGAUUUAGGUGAGGUCAGAAAUUCAACACGAGUGCAGGUUGCAGCCCAUAAAUAACACUGCAACAGCAGUUUUCUGCCACAUGUGAUUCAGUGUGAAUUUACCCUCAAAAGACAACACAGAAACUGCAAAUCCUGCCAUCUAGUGGAUAAGCACUUCAUCUCGCUGCCUGUUCUGCUUCCACCUUAAAGGUGUUGUAACACUGCAUUACAGUCAGUGUUGGCUGUGAUCCCAAGUGCAAUGCAGAGGUUUUGAAUCCUAAACCCACAGAGGUUGAUGAAGGGAAGGAUAAGUGUCUUGUUACUCUUUAACUUGGCCAGUAUUCAGUCUGAGGGACAUCACUUUCUUUUGUAGACCAGUCCUUUUCACUAAGGACACCUUCAUGGCAUCACUCAUCACGUCUCACAAUCGGUAUUUGUGCCUCUCUGCUGAGACUGUACAUUGUGAGUGACAUGGGGAGAUUAUAGCCUAUAACUGUUCAGAAACUACAGUUCAAAGUACAUCAGAGUCAGAAAGAUAAGAUAAUAGCACAGAGUAACAGGUAAAUACAUCUGUUCUCAGCCCUAAAUAUUAUUAAUAUUUAAAUUUUGAUUCACUCUGUAUCUUCUAAAAAUGGUCAUCUUUGAGUUUGUAACCAGAGGUGUCAAAAUAAAGGUUACGACAUCACUUUGCAAUUGGAGUUCAGUGACUUUAAUGAUUUGAACCCUCUAUAAGCCAUAACUCAUAGUUUUAGCAAGUUGUGAGUUAUCUAAAUGAGUCUACCUAACGGAGCUCUACCUCAAAAGCUCUGUUUUUAUUAUUUUUUAAUGAAUGCAAAAGGUCAUGUCUUCUGAUUGGGAUACUGAUUUAAACCCACUGUGGGGUUUGACAAGGUUUAUGAAUGUGCUCUGGUGCAUUCAGCUUUCCUGUGUGGUUGUUUUGGUUUUCAAACUGUAAAGUCACAGUAAUGUAUGCAUGCCAAGAGCAUUAUAAAAUACAAAAACUAUACUUUACCCAAUGCAAAAGAUCCUGAUGAGUAAUAAGACCUGUGCUUUGAUGUCUAUACAUUUUUGACAAUAAAGAGGUAAUAAUAAAUACUUGCUUUCAUCCUUUUAUCCUUCAUUCAUUGUAUCAUCAAUAUAUCACUGUAAAAGUACAAAGUUACAUGUUUUCUUGCACAUUUUUUUUUCACAAGUUGAGCCUAUUCAGUCUAUACAUUCAGAUUAAUCUGCUGAGUCUAAAAACAAAAAUGAUAGAUUAUAGGUUAUCAUUGUAGGUAGGCCUACUGGUCAACAGUAGAUGUCACAAUCUGAUAUAUAACCACACUUAGUAUGAAGAUCUUUUC